AUGAGCCGAGCAAACUCCAUCGACUUCCUGGACUCCUCCGGAUGGCCGCUGUCUCAUGAGAGCGUCCUGAAGCACUUGUACCCUCCUCAUGGACCUGGUAGGCAGGCAGCAUACGUCGCUGACGAUCCCAUGAGGCCAUUGGCUGACGUUGGCCUUGAAGGCUAUGGCUAUGGCGAAGUGGCGCAAGAACUCUCUGUCACGGCCAUCGGCUAUCACACAACGUUGCUGCUGGAGCUGGUCUCCUUAUGGAAGGAGUUCCUCUCAGAGCAAAAGUUUCGCUUCGCUAUUCAUGUCCUGGAGCCGGGACUGGGCGACGCGGUGCAGGCGGGAUGGGGGAAGGAGGGCCACGCUGCCAAUCUCCAAGCUUCCUUCUCCGUUGAUCGAGGCUGGAAUCCGAUUGAACAGGAUCCCGCAGCCUUUCUCGAGGAUUUCAAGUUGCUGUUUGGAGGCCAUUCUAAGGCUUCAGCGGAUGACGUUGUGGAUGGUACGGAUCUGCGGAUCGAGAGAGCUGAUGUAUUUCUCUGCACAGAGCCAGCGUUCCUUUGCAACGUGCUGGGCAAGACCUUUUUAGACCGUCCCCUCAUCGGCUACUUUGCAAAUCCACUGACUGCGUAUCUUCCAGCAGCAGCUGCUCAGGGCUGGCUGGCAGACUUCCUGAGCCUGACCCGCGACGACCUCCCUGGACGUCACGCGCCGUUCUUGGCUGUUGCCAACACAAGGUUCUUGGCAGAGCAGAUUCGCUUUCAGACCGGUGCCCAGCGAAUUCUGGCUGCACGUCCGCUGGCAGCCUACAUGGGCCCCAAGCGAGGGCCUGCAGCACCUGGACAGGUAGUCGUGGUCCGGCAGCCCAGCAUGUUCUGGAACGCUGCCUGCAUCCUCAAUACUCUGGCUCGGCUAAACAUCCAGGACCUUUCCACGAAGGGCGGGCUUCUGAAGGCAAGUGAGUUGCGCUUCCUUCCAAGCGAGGAGCUUCCAGAUGCGUCAUCAGAGGCCAUUGCAUCCUUUGAGGCAGCAGUCAUAUAUCCAUAUGAUGUGUCGCAGAUGCGACUCUACGAACUGUAUGCCCUGUCUGUGCCGCUGUUCGUGCCAGCGAACCCUCAGCUGGCAAGCUACAUCUACCGCGGCCUCACGUCCAUAGAGGAUUUUGAUCACAAGCUCCCCAGUGCUGGUGGAGGAGCUGGAUCUGACCCUCACAGUCCGCACUUGGACUACAAUCCGUUUGACCGGAGCGACUGGCGAGGGGUGGAUGCGUGGACACAACUAACCCAUUGGGUGACUCUGCCGCACUUGCUGAGAUUCGCAUGCUCCUCGGUGAUACGUGCCUGA